GAUCAAUACUUUAACCUCAAUCUCUUGUUUCUUGACAUUACCACUUACCAGUCCGUAUUUAUGUUUGCAAAGAUACAUAAAGCUUUUGCUUUUUUGUGUAACUUAUCUAGUCAAUACCUAUUAAGAAAUAUUGAAAUUUAAUCUCAAAAAUGUCCACGGAAUCCAGUAUAUGUAGGAUAUGCCUACUUUUCACUUCAAACAGUCAAUCUCUAGAUGUUGAUGAAGUAGUAAGCUCAACAAACAUACUGCUGAGAGAUAUGGUACAACUCUGUAUGCCAGAAAUGGAUUUGGACUUAACUACAACACCGAAAAUCUGCACAACAUGCUCCUCUGAGAUUGAAAAAUUCUACAACUUCAAGUGCAGUUGUUUAGAAACUGAAAAUAAAGUUCGGAACUACCUAGACAAUCCGUCGGCUAAAAGAAAGGACUCCAAAGUCGAUCUCAUAGAUGUUAUCCAGUCGAAUGGAGUUGUUCUUAAUAUAAAUCUGGAUUUCGACGUGAACGUACCUGAGAACCCCAAAAAACUGGAAGAAAUGGAUGUGGGGGACGACGAUGAAGAUUCCGAAUACAAUAAGAUUAUUUUAGACAAGAACGAUUCGAAUUCUGUAAACCAGGACGUGGUUCUGUUCUCCUGCAACAUAUGUUCGUAUAUGACAACUGAUGAUGCGAAACUGAAGGAUCACAAGUGCUUUCCCGAAUCAAAGAAGAGACAGAUAAUGUCGAUGAUCAGAUGCAACCAGUGCGAAUUCCACGCCCCCACUCCGAAGAUCUUGGAGCAGCAUAGAUCGGAUGUACAUCCUGUCUGGUACUCGUGCAAUCAAUGCGCUUUCAAGACCAAAUUCAUAAACGUGAUGACUAAACACAAGAAUACUGCACAUGCUUACGAUGAAAACAGUUCGGAACACAUGGCCGACUGCAAGUUAUGCCCCUACAGAGCUAUAAACUCCCAGUUCCUGCAGAAACACGUGAGAGCCAUGCAUUAUAGGCCCCCGCCUGUUUUGAGCUGUACAAUGUGCUCAUAUGAAACGUCGGACAGGAGUAACUUUAAAAAACAUCAGUAUAUUCAUACUAAAGAUAAACCCCAUAAGUGUCCAUCCUGCACGUAUCAGUGCGUCUCACCUUACCAAAUGAAGAAACAUGUGGAGAAACAACACUCUGAAAGGAAAGGUUUCAUCUAUAACAACAGGAAAAAGUAAGCAUCUUUUCAAGAGGGUCGUAUGAUAAUUUAGGUUCAAAUCAUUCAUUCCAUGUUUUAACAAAAACUCUUUUAAAUUUCCCGAUUCUGAAAUAUUGAUUUUGAAAGCAAGAGGACCUAUUUGUUUCAUCCAUUACAAUUAGAAAUUGAUACGUUACUUGCACCAGUUCAAUGUCAACAUUUUUAAUUUUUAUAUAGAACCUUAAAAAAUUUUAAACGAUUGAUAAUGAAAUAUAGCUAUAUCCAAAUGGAUAAUUUUGACGCAAACUUUGAGCAAAUUGAAUUUGUUCAGUAUUCUAGUAAGUUAGGUGAUAAACUGAACAUAAAAUUUUGUAUAAUGAAAAAUAUGUAACGGAACUGAUUAAUUUAUUGUUGAAUAAGGCACAAGAAUGUCCCAAAAAUACCGUAAAACCUCAUCAAAUUGUUUCUAGUCGAACUUAAUCUUUCUUGAAAACAAAUAAUUCAGUUAUAUAAUUGUAAAUAUUCUUAUAUAGUUGUGACAAAAUUUAAAAUAAGUCUUAAUUUAUUCUUUUAAUGUUUGACACGACUGCUUUAUUUUUUGUGGGUUGUAUUUUCAUGUAGGGUGUGUGAGAAUUUAAUUAAUAAUACCCCAUACCAAAGAAUCCCAAAAUUCAGAAUGUGAAUGAGCAUAUUGUCCUAGAAAAUUCAAAGACACUCUAAACUUAAAAGCUUGCCAUAAUUUAAAAUAUAAAUAUUAUGUAUUAUUAUAUAGUUAAGUAGGUAGAACAUAAUUUGUGUAAAAA